AGUCCUGUGAUAUGCAAACCAUGUAGACGGUGCUGAUAAUUUUUAGAUUAUAUUUUUAUUUUGACAACUGUUUGCGAAGCAUAUGAGCUUCAAAAAGCAGCUUUAUCAAGAGUGUUGCUUCGUAAACGCGAAUAAAUCUUGCAAUACACAGAUAAUUGUGAGCUAUGCUGUCAAUUGUUGAGUUAAGCCGGAGCGAAAAGGAUUAGAUAACGAACGUCUGUGAUUAUGAUCAUUAUUUAGACAGCUAUCUGUCUGGACGAAACAUUAGCUAUUUUGGGGAUGAGAAGCGAUGGGGAAAGAGCAAGAUUUAGUGCAAGCCAUAAGAACGAAUGACGUGGAGUCAUUUCGCAAAAUCAUCGCGAAAUUCAAGUCGAAAACGAAAAGAGCGACCAAGAAAAUUUCGCUACAUAUAGUUGAUCACGAUGGAUUCAUUCCCUUGCAUCAUGCUGCCCUCAGUGGCAACGGUGAGAUUGUUAUGGCAUUGUUGGAGUUCAAUACAGAUGUUAAUGCUAAAGAUAAGAAAGGUAUGUCACCUCUUCAUCUGGCUGCGUGGGCAGGUAAAGUUGAACCAACACUUCUUCUUUUGGAUGCGGGUGCUCAAACAAAUCUGUGCUCAAAGAAUGGUGCUACGCCUCUUCAUCUUGCUUCAGAACAUGGCAACUAUGGAGUGGUUGAACGUCUUGUUGAUCAUGAUUGUGAUCCAACAGUUGUGAAUAAUCGAGGAGAGACAGCCUUAGAUUUAGCAUGUCGCUUUGGACAUUUAGAGGUUGUGAGGAUACUACUCAACAACAGUAAAGGGAAAUGUGAAAAGCUAUUGAAUCCAAAAGAGUUUCAAGAAAAAGCAUCCCCUUUGCAUAUGGCUGCAAAAACUGGACAUUUUGAUGUUGUUAGACUUCUUGUGGAGUGUGGAGCAGAUAUUAAUCAGAGAGGACCUACUGGUACUUGCCUUCAUGAAGCUGCAUUGUAUGGGAAAACUGAUGUUUGCAAAUAUCUGAUUGAAGCAGGUAUUGAUGCUAACCUAAAGAACAGAGAAGGACAUACAGCCUUAGAAAUGGUAACACGAUUUACGAAAUCCGGUGCUUCAUCGGAAAUCAAACAUUUGUUGCGAGAAGCUUCUAUUGAAGUGGUGUACGCAAAAGCUGUGAAAGAUUACGCCAAUGUGACAGAUAGCUCAUCUUUAACAUUACACAUGGGUGAUGUUGUAUUGGUUUUAGAGAAAAGAAAAGAUGGUAUGUGGAAAGGCUGUAUAAGGGAUGAUCAGAAAGAGAGAGUUGGAUUUUUCCCAGCGUCCUGUGUCCAGUUUCUUCGUACCCCACAGAGAAAUUCAAUAUCGCGUUCGUUGAGCUCGUCAAGCGAAACAUCGAGGAUCUCAACUUCUGGAACGGUUUCAAAUACCUUUGAAAUCGUCACUGUUUCACCACCCACUCAACCUGCGGCGGGAAAAUCUCGUGCGCCACGCAUGACUAGUUUCCGGAAAAAGGCGGCGAACAACGAUGAAAGUUCAAACGUCAACGAUGUCAACCGAUUGCAAUCCGAACACCACGCCGACAAUGACCAAAAAAAGAAACUUAAUUACGUGGAUAUAGUCGUAGUAGACAAUCCUAACAAAAAACCGUCUGUCUCGCUUCCCGCCAGCAAGACUGAUUACGCGGAUGUUUGGUGUCCAAAUACAAACAAGGGUGACACUGGGGUAGCUAUGGAUAAUGUAGGGAAGAGUGCGGAUAAUGUUAAUGGGCCACAGACUGCAAACGUUGUUGAAAGAACAAACAAUAGUGGGAAAUCUGUACGAGUUAACGGUAGUUAUGCAAGACUUGGACAUCAAGUGUUUGGGAAAAACAACGAGGAGCAAGAGAAAUAAACCGAGUUAUUGAAUCAACAGGAACAAAGAUUGAAACGAUUACAGCAUUCGAAGGAUAAUGGAAAUCACCAUGGGAUACAUAGGGUUGAUGAAGGAUGCCAAGGUGAUCUUGGAAACGAAAAUAAACAUGAUGUACAAACUCUUGAAAACAAUGUCGCAGAAACAAUACGAAUAUUUGAACAAGACGCGAAAAUGGAGUGGAAAUCUGGUCCUGUUUCACCAGCGUCCAAUCUCCCGAACUCACCCUCCAAGUCACGACAACACACGACGCCAUCAGUUGACACGACUUCGGAAAGCGAACGGUCUUCACCGUCAAAGGAUAAAAAACGAUCAUCACUAAGAUCAGAAAGCAAAAUUAUUUCACCUCCACCACCUCCACCCUCACCUCCUGUUGAAUCAAAUCCAUCCUCACCCACACCCAGUGGUGACGUCACCACACCGAGGGGGACAACCCCCAAAUCACCUACGGUACCCGCCCCUCUCAUUCGUGAUCCAAAAACAGUUCUGUCUCCAUCAUCAAUCAAUAAAUCAUUUAAUUUUUCCAAAAAGCCAGUACCCCUACCCACUUCCCGUACAUCAGCAGACAUUUUCCCUCCUCCUAUGGAGCUGUUGGUUAAUCAACCUAUAGUUCAAAAUGAGGAAGUUCGGUCCACCUCACCUCCAUUGCCUCCACCUCCUCCUCCACCUCCUCCUCCUGGUCUUACCUCGACUUCUUCCUCAGAUGUCAAUGAACUUCCUCCACCGCCUCAAUUUAUGAUUGAAAACUCAUCAAAUGAGGAUGGCACACCUCCACAUAUGAACACCUCAAGCAAUCAUUCUCCAUCUAAAUCUGGUAACAUGGAGUUAUAUGACUCCACUGCAACCCCGCCCACCACAGUUCAUCCUACGACAACCCUCUCCGUUACAAUCCACCCCACUACGACCCAGUCUUUCACGACCCUAUCCGCAAAGACCCCCACAACCACCCCUUGUAAAGAAACGUCAACCAAAUCUGGGCUUCUUACUCCUUCAAUCAGCAGGUCCCGAAGCGGCUACGAAGAUAUGACGAUGUCGAGACGGACAAAUGGAAUUGACGGAAAAGGGUAUGUGAUGGUGAAUCCAGUAAAGCGCCCUGAUACACCACCAACCAAUGAAAGUCCACCGUCACAGCCCUAUUCCUUUUACUCACCGCUCUACGAAAACUUUACUCCGCUUAAAACACGGAAUCUUGAAAUGCGAGGACUUGGCCAUAUUCAUAAAAUGGAGAAGUCCACAAGUUCUGGUGAGCUUGAUGAACUGGAAAUUGGUGAAUUAUGUAAACCAGAAAAACCCAUUCGUCAUCCUUAUGAAAAUUUUGAGGUCGGUAAUUUGAAAACUGGUGAAAUUGUACAAAAUGAAUCUACUUCCGGAGUCGUACCAGUACUUCGCGUAUCACCUGUGCCUCAACAAGUCACAUCAGGACUUCCAUCCAAUGAAACGAAUGAUUUCAAGAUGCGUGAAUACAACGAGCUUUAUGAUUGGCUUGCUCAGUCCAAACUAUUGACUUACAUUGAAAAUUUUGCUGAGGCUGGUUUCGACCUUUCUUCCAUGGCUGGUGUCACAACUGAGGAUUUGUCCGCUAUUUUAAUCAAUAAAACUGGUCAUCGUAAACGACUUUUAUCAGAGGCAGCUAAGUUAUCAACAUCAACAGCCACAUUUGAGAACAAUGUUCCAUCUUGGUUGCAAUCUCUCGGUCUUUCAAGAUACGAAGAUCAAUUUAUCGACAGUGGAUUUGACGAUCUCGAGUUUCUAUAUGAUAUCACAAAAGAGGAUCUUGACGCUAUAGGUGUUACUAAAAUUGGCCAUCAACGAAAAAUUCUUAUGGCGGCCAAGAAGUUACAACAAAGAGAUUGGAAUGAUGAAGAAAACGGUUCGCAUGAAAUUCCAAGAAAAACUCCACCUAAGAUGGCCUAUUACACUGCCGUUCCUAUUGAUGACGUCACAAGAGUGGGAGUUCCACGCGUGGGCGGUCAAUCUGUUUCCACUAACAACGUGACCUUGUAUUUCGCUGCUUCAAAUAAUCUUACCUGCAUUGACGAGUAUAGUAAUCGAAAGACUUCACUGGAAGAGGGUCUUGGGGAAUUCGAUAACAAUUCGAACAACAAAACAUUGGAAACGAAAUCCAAACAACAAUCGUUAGAGAUGAAUGGAAAUAGAGUAAAAGACUCUACGGACGGAGUUAAACAACUCGCAGCCUCCUUUCAAAACGCCAUUUAUGUCGAAACAGAGAAAGCUAAGAAAGGAAUGCCGCCUCCUGUAAAAUCGAAAACCUACAAAAGAGUACCCCCACCCGUAAAAUCGAAACCAAAUGCAGGAAAAGUUGAUCAAAACCAAAACGCGACAAAUCGAAACUCAAUCGUUGAUUUCACCGGAGUCAUCAAGGAAGCCGAGGCUCUCUCAGAAAGUGGGUCGGAACAGUCCCCUCCAUCUACGCUCAGUCGCUCUGACCGCAGAUCGGAGAGUGGAAUGUCCGUUAGCAGUUCUUUAACUGGGAGUCGUGGGUCGUUAAAUAGUGAACCAGAUGGCUUUCAACGUGAAAUCAGAGAGAGUCUGCAGAGAACCACGUCAACCGGAAGCUCAGUUGAAGAUAUCGACAAACUGCCUUAUGUUACUCUGUCUCAAGAAGAUUUAUUAGAACAACAAGAAAGGGAAGAAGAACUAUUACGAUAUAAAAAAGAGCAAAGUAAAACGGACUCGCUUUUCAAUGACAUCCAAGGCAUGUUGGACAAUCUAAACACGGAAAUUGAUGAUUUGUUUAAAUAAGCACAUUGCGUCGAAACAAGAAGUAAUCUCGAACAAUUAUCGUAUUGCACAUAAAGAGACGAGCACUGAGUUGCAUGAUGCACAAAAAAUACUUUUUACGAAUGAGUCUACCGGUAUUUCAAAAUCGUCAGAAGAAAGAAAUUGCUUUCAUCUGACGAAUUUUUAUUUGCUGGGAAUUUUUUCUAGAAAAUUAUGUGGCUAAGAAAGCCUGGACACGAGUUUUUUGCGAGCUAUCUUAGCACAUGUAUGAGAUGUUUUUACUUAACGUUGUUUUAAUUUCACCUUAUAAAUGUAACAAGAAUUGCUCUCGUGCCACUCGUAUUUGUUUUAAGAAAGAUAUGAUUCGUCUUUUCACAGGAUAUUUUUGCAAUGCAUUUAAUUCAUAUCAGCGUUAAAUUGUUUUCACAAUUGUGAAAUUUUUUCAGCCAAGUUUAAAAAAUACCAGCAAAGUAUAAGCUUUGUGUAAAUGUUUUUCGCCGGGCAAGACUUUGACACUUACAAAAAAUGGUGAUGUUUCGCUUAUGCAAAAAUAUACAACUAUUUCAUCCAGUUUCCCUUUGCAGUCAGUGACAAUCGUUUAAUGAAAUAUCGCUGUUAUACAAGGAAAAUCGGGUCUCGUGCGAUUCAUUGCUCGUCUUUGCCGAAUAAACUCUUUCUUUUGGAAAUUGGGUAUGAAAAAUUUUCACUGUUAAAAGUGGACAUUUUAUGCAGGAAUACGAAGUAUUAUUUAUUGGAACUUUAAUGGGUUUUUAAUUGGGUUAUCUUGUAGCAAACGUAUUUAUCAUUAUAAAAAUAUAUAAGUUUUCGAUAUGAGAACGACUGCCUUUAAAAUACUUGAAAACUUUAAGUACGAUGUCAUAGCUGUGACCAAAUCUACUCAACGGUUUUUUUGCAAAACCUUUUACAAAAUUUUACUUCUAAAUGGGCAAAAAAAAUUUACUAGAUUUUGAGUUCUAUUAUCUUCCUGUGAGUGAUGAAGCACGUAAUGACGUAUCAGCUCAAAGUAAGUCACAUUAGUGGCUUAAGCUGAAGAAAGCAAAAUGCUACCCGCAAACAGGCUUUUAUUUCAGGAGGGAAUACACCAAACGCUUUUAAUUUUUCUUCUCUUAUAAUUACUUAGUUCCAACGUUGUUUAAAACACCUUUAAUAAUUAUGGUUAUAUGUAUAUAUGGUCUUAUUAAUUUUAAUAUUAAUUUUACCGAAAAUCACCUAAUCCAUUAAGUCGUAAAAUUUUACCAUUCGUGCCCAGGUUUUUUAAACUUUGUCAACAUUUUACCAAACGUUGAAAAAACCCUCAAAGUGGUCACACUGUUGUACUAAAGUAUUCAGGCAUUUUAGAUGUAUUAAUUAAUAAAAUAUAUUAUGUUGUCACAAACAUAUUCGUGACAUAUUUUUUUACGCAUGAAAUUGUUUCUCACUUGCUGUAUUUUGUAUUUGUUGAUUGUGCACGAAAUUACAUUGUAAACAAUGUUCAAAUAGUUUUUUUGUGCAAUAGGAGCUAUUUUAUUGUACAUUGCAGAUUAUAUUACGUAAAGUAUAUUAAAUGUAAAAUACGUGUUUAUUGUA